AUGGCGCCUCGUAGCCCAACGGAUCGACCGGCGCAUCUCACUCUGAGCGAUAGCUCCUCAUCUCUAUCGCUUUCCUUCAACCUCUCAACAUCCCGGCCACUGUCACCGGUGUCUUCUAUCUUCUCUGUCGCUUCUGAUUCACAGGACAGCAUGGUGACUGACCAGCAAUCUGACGUCCCUCCCAUGGACCCCGUUACCGCCGCUGAGGACCAGUACUUCAGCGCUAACGAUCCUCCCAAGGGCUUGGACCGUCACAUCUCACUGGCAAGGUCCUUCAUCGACUUCCAUGCGGCUGCCAGUCGUCGAGUCGUGUUGAUCACCUCUGGCGGUACCACGGUCCCGCUGGAGAAGCAGACCGUGCGGUUCAUUGACAACUUCAGCGCCGGUACCCGUGGAGCCACGUCGGCCGAGUACUUCUUGGAGGCCGGCUAUGCCGUCAUUUUCCUCCAUCGCCAAUUCAGUCUCCAGCCAUACAGUCGGCACUACAGCCAUGCUACUGACUGCUUCCUUGACUUCCUCCACGAAGGGUCAGAUGGGAACGUUGUUGCCAACCCAGAGUACCAGGAUAAGAUGCUUGGUGUGCUGCGCAAGUAUAAUGCCGCUAAGAAGGGCAACAUGCUGCUCAUGCUGCCCUUCGUCACCAUCACCGACUAUCUGUGGGAACUGCGGGGGAUCGCUCAGCUCCUGCGCCCCUUGGGCCCCAAUGCGCUUCUGUACCUAGCCGCUGCCGUCUCCGACUUCUUUGUGCCUCCGGAGCGCAUGGCCGAGCACAAGAUCCAGUCCACUGACGCUGCUGACAGCGUCAUGGAUGCCGGGGCGAGUGCUGCAAAGGUUGGAGCCGCGCCGGCAGAGCAAGACGAGGCCGAAGACGAGGAGACCUUCGAUAACUUUGAUUCAUCGCCUGCCGUGCCGCGGUCCAAGCGCCUCAUUGUCGAUCUCGACCCCGUCCCCAAGUUUCUUAAGAACUUGGUAGACGGGUGGGCACCCGAGGGCAUGAUUGUGUCCUUCAAGCUCGAGACUGAUCCGACCAUCCUGGUGCACAAGGCCAAGUACUCGCUCGAGCGCUACCAGCACCAUCUUGUGAUUGGCAACCUCCUCUCCACGCGCAAGUGGGAGGUCGUCUUUGUCGCCCCGGGUAGUCCGGACCGGUGGAUCCGCGUGCCCAUGGGCCGGCGCAAGGGGACCAUCAGCGGCCUGGAACAGCUGGUCGGCGCGGCGGAUAAGAACUGGACGGCCGAGGAUCAGCCCAUGGACCCGGCCCAGCUGCCCGAGGGGGACCCGGAGAUGGAGAUCGAGAGCCUCAUCAUCCCGGCGGUCGAGGAGUUGCAUUCGAAGCAUGUUCAAGGUUCGGCAAAGGCAUCGGCCUAG